GGCUAUAAGUGCCGCCGGCGUCUUCCUCUCCGGUCUCCGGUUUGCUCAAGGUCAAGUGGUCAACACAUCAACAGAGGCAGAGGCCGGAGGGGAGGGAGAGAGAGAGAGAGAGAGAGAGAGCGAGAGCGAGCAAGACGAUGGCUGGGCCAGCUCGGUGGUCGUCUCUGUUCGUCGGAGUGGCGGCGGCGGUGCUCGUCCUCGCCACCGCGCCGUCGCUCGCCGGCGACCCGGACUAUCUCCAGGACGUCUGCGUCGCCGACCUCAACUCCGAGGUGAAGGUGAACGGGUUCCCGUGCAAGGCGAACGCGACGGCGGACGACUUCUUCUCCGGCGUGCUCGCGAAGCCCGGCGCCACCAACACCACCUCGGGCUCCGUCGUCACCGGCGCCAACGUCGAGAAGGUCCCGGGCCUCAACACCCUCGGCGUCUCCCUCUCCCGCAUCGACUACGCGCCCGGCGGGCUCAACCCGCCGCACACCCACCCGCGCGCCACCGAGCUCAUCUUCGUCCUCUACGGCGACCUCGACGUCGGCUUCAUCACCACCGCCAACAAGCUCUUCGCCAAGACCGUCUCCGCCGGCGACGUCUUCGCCUUCCCGCGCGGCCUCGUGCACUUCCAGAAGAACAACGGCGACAAGCCCGCCGCCGUCAUCUCCGCCUUCAACAGCCAGCUCCCCGGCACGCAGUCCAUCGCCGUGACGCUCUUCGGCGCCUCGCCGGCGGUGCCCGACGACGUGCUCGCCAAGGCCUUCCAGAUCGACGGCGAGGAGGUGGACAAGAUCAAGGCCAAGUUCGCGCCCAAGAAGGCCUAGACGACCGUCGACCGGUCGAUACGUAUGAAAAUUAUGGAUGGGGAGACUAAAAAUUUCAAACUUAUAUUCAAAUUUGGAUUAAAUUUGCCUGUGACUUGAUAACAUUGUGCGUGUAAAAUGUACUAGCUACAGAAGUUUCUUGUAAUAAGAAGAAUGAUUUGUUAA